AUGCCUAUCAAAGGCAUAGAAUCGGAGAAAGUUGAAGAAUUCAUUGAGGAUAUUGAUGGUGCCCUUGCUGAGCAGGGAGUUGCGAUCCCAACCGAUUCCAAAAAUGUCGAAGAGUUCACCGAGGACGAACAGAAGAGGAUCAUUCAUAAGGUCGACCGUCGACUUGUGACUGGGUUAGGGCUUCUCAUGGGCAUGUGUCUUAUGGACAGAACCAACCUUGGCUCAACUUCCAUUGCUGGAAUGUCCGAGGACCUUGGUCUAAAGAGCGGCUCAAAAUAUUCACUUGUGCUUUUGAUAUUUUUUAUACCUUAUGUGCUGGUGCAAUUGCCGGUUAAUGCCAUUGCGCAAAAUAUCAGCCCUAGAAAUUUCUCCUGUGGCGUCACACUGUGCUGGGGUGUCCUGAUGGUGGGGGCGGCAUUCGUCGACAAAUGGUGGCACCUCUUGAUUAUUCGGGCCUUACUCGGGGCUUUUGAAUCGAGUCUGUUUGCAGCACUCCUUCCUCUGUUAUCUUCUUGGUAUACCCGAUACGAUGUGCAUAAGCGGUUCUCGAUCAGCUUUUUCAUAAGCUGUCUGAUAGCCGCCCUCGGACCAGUUCUGGCUUGUGGCUUCAUGCAAAUGGAUGGGUUGAGUGGCCUUGCUGGCUGGAGAUACAUAUUUUUAAUGGAAGGGGUCCUCAAUUUUGCUGCUGCCAUCAUCGGUUGGCUAUUGCUUGUUGAGUAUCCCCUAGGCUCUCACAAAUGCUGGAAGUUUUUGACAGAGAAAGAGGAGGCAUUCAUCAUCCGCCACAUAGAUGCUGACCGAGCGGAUGCUGCUGAACAAAUCAAGUUUAACAUUCGUGAUUUCUUACGUCCCGCCAAAGAUUGGAAAGUCUUUACUUACCCUCUUAUGUUUCUACUGUCGACUUGCGUUUCUUACUCCAUUGCAUUUUUCUUGCCUAUUAUUCUUGAAUCUAAAUUGAAGUAUGGAGUGAUCGCGGCACAAGGAUUGUCCACUCCCCCAUAUGUCGUGGCAGGUAUCUGGAUGUACUUUACUGCCUGGCUCGGCGACAAAUACCACCUCCGUGGACCCCUCGUUAUAUGUAAUUGUCUUAUGUCCAUUGUUGGUCUGUCCCUUCUUGGCUGGGUUGAAUCUCCAGGAGUGCAAUACUUUGGGGUGAUUCUUGUCACUGCAGGUAGCAACGCAAAUGUUCCAUCGAACUUGGCCUGGCAGGCCAAUAAUAUCCGCGGGAAAUGGAAACGCUCAUUUUGCAACGCUUUGCUAAUCAUGGGUGGUGGAAUUGGUGGGAUCGUCGGUUCUUUGGUAUUUCGUUCCCAGGACGCGCCUACGUAUCGGCCUGGAAUUGAAGCAUCUAUUGUGGCAAGUUUCAUUACCACCGCCAUUGCAAUAGUUCUGAUGAUACGAAUGCAUGCUCUUAAUAAGAUGGCCGCCACUGGAGCUAUCUUUCUGGAAGAGCUACCUGGAUUUAAAUACACGCUGUGA